UUUACUGACACCGCUACAACGUGUUUUUAUCGCUGGCUGUCCAGACGGAAGGUGCUGAAACGCUUUGUCGCGUGUCUGGAAGAAGUGAAAACUUUCCUGGGCAGCAAAGGGCUCACCUUUCCUGAGCUGGAACAGCCAGAGUGGCUGGAAAAGCUACACUUCAUGGUAGACAUGACAGCGCACCUGAACACGCUGAACACAGCUCUUCAGGGGAAAGGACGUACAGCCCUGCACAUGUUGGAGGAUGUUUUGGCAUUCGAGCGCAAGUUGACAGUGCUUGCCAGAGAUUUACAGAAAGGCACUUUGUCUCACUUCCCCAAUUUGAGAGAGUUCAAACAAGGUCACGACAUGAUAAUUUCGGAGUAUUUACAUUCUGCAAUCAUCGCAAUGCAAACAUCGUUUGGGAAACGCUUCUGUGAGUUCAGAGAGGAAAAAAACACAUUAUCCUUCCCGGUCACUCCCUUAAGCAUCGAUCCUUCCCUACUGAAUACGACUGCAUUGGCAGGUGUGAGUCAACCUGAUCUUGAGAUGGAACUGGCCGACAUAGCCGACAAAGACAUAUGGGUGUCCAAGUUUAGACGCUUGACAGCAGACCUUGAAGAUGUUGCCCGUCAGAAGGCCGUUCUUGCUCAGAAACACAAAUGGAGUGAUAUUGAAAACCUCACAGAUGACAGCUUGCGAUCCUGUGUAAAGAUGAAGGUGACAUCAUACAGCCCUGAUGUGCAGACGCUGUGCGCUGAGGUCCAGGAGCAGAAAUCCCAUUAACCAAGAUGACAGCUGGCUGACGUUAUUUUUGGUUUGCUGCUGGCGGAAAAUUUAAGUUCGGCGUUUUUCAUAAAUACAAGAAGGACUCAAAUAGACAUUGAAUAUUUUACUUAAAAGUAACUUUCAACCCAAC